CAACAACAUGUUUUGGAUAUUAGAAUUUGCACGGAGUUAUUAAUCCUAAAAGGAUAUACCGUUGAAGAAUUUAAAAACCAUUGGUGUCCCUAACAAUAUGUGCCGAGAUAUGACAGAAAGAUUACGGUAUUUUCCCAUUAGAUACAAGGAGGCAAAAUGAACGUCUAGUGUCCAAUGCUUUUAUAAUGUAGAAAAUGCCAAUAUCUCGUCACAGAAAGAAAAAUUGAUUUCGGAAAUUAAAGAAAAGGCAACUAGGUGCUCCUGGAAUUUGUUUCAUGUGGACUGCUAAACUUGCUUUGCACGGCUGAUCUUAGAAUGAUGGAAAAUUAGAAAAUUUCAUUAUGGAAAAAUUAACUGCAUGUUUUAUUCACUCUAGAUUUAAUCAAAACUUGAAUGAUGAACUGUGUAUAUUUGAUAAGCUAGAGAAUAGUUGUUCAGACAAAAUUUUCUAGCACUAUGACAUGACAACAUAUGAAGCUUUGGACUGUUUUCUAUGUAAAUGUGCUGUACAUUAUGUACAGUAUUUAGACCUGUUGAAAGGUGGUGCAAUUAAAACAGGUGGGAAUGACUUGGAUGAACAAGUUAAACUUCAGCAGGCAAUGCUCAGAAGACAAGAACUUCUAGACAAAAUCAGACAUGAACAGUUAGUCAAUGAGGAUUACGGUCGGCGACCCAGAUCUCACAGUGCUAGACGACGCUACACACCCUCCCCCUUACCGCCCCCACCCUCCCGACGCUCACUGCCAGACUUCAACCGGAAUCAGUCAUUCAGAGACGACAACAACAACCCAUACAGAGAUAAAGAUAUGCAACAGGUGAAGCAUAUAAUAGAACACAGAGUCAAAACUCCCCCACAGUACCAUCUACCACCCAUACAGAACCCCCCUCAACUGCCCGUGGUGGCUAACCCCCAGUCCUACCCCCAACACAUCAUCCAACAAGUUCCUCAACCUGUUGUUCAGAACUUGGUGCCAGAUCAAGGAAGACAAAGCAUGUUCAACAAAGGAGAUUGGAUGGAGAUGAUGAUGAUGCAGAACCAUCAGAUGCAUCAGUUAGUGGUCCAACAAAUGAUGUUACGCAGUCUGCCAGGAGGCAGUUUGGCUCAGGCCCCAGUAACAUACAUGUCCGAACCUGCAGUUGUGAGGUCUCCUCCCCCUGCUGUCCAUCAUCAUCAUUACCAGAUGUCCCCGCCCCCUCAGCCCGCUGUUCAUCAUUACUCCGCAUUACCUCCCCUUGAGCCGAGAAUAGUCUCCCCAGUGAGGGUUGAUGCUCCUCGGGCUAUAGAGCCUCGGGUCAUAGCUGUCCCGGAACGUCAGCCAACCUUGGUGUCUCCACAGCCAGGAGCCAGACGAUCGAAUGCAGGAAGUCGCCCCAGUAGUGUAUUUUUAUUUGGAAUAAUCUUAAAAGAAAUAGUCGCAGCACUUCACAGAAUAUACCUCAAUCCUAGUGGAAAUAUAUACCCAGUCGUUGCAGAUGCAAUAAACCCUAAGGCUUAUGAUCUGUCUAACCUGGUGCGGGGGAGAACUGGGGAACGAGAGGGACAGACAAUGAUUCAGGAAUUACAGUAUAUAGUAGAGAACCUGAUCUACCACAUCACAGAAAUCAUGCCCAGCACUGGUGUCUUAGGAACUCAUAGAAAAUCAGCUGUUUAUGAACUUAUCAGAAAUGGAAAGAGGUUUCCUGAUGGUUAUUUCUGGCAAGUCGAAUUGGACAGACUCCAGUUUACAGAGAAUGGUAGAACCACAAGUAUCGGAGACCCAGAGGCCUUUAUGUUAAUCAUCGGGAUCUUUAUAUCCAGAAGUCUGAUCACGACGCUACUAAUGAAACCCGUAGACUACGGACUGUCUAAUCAGCAGUUGUCAGAUGUCGCCGAGCGUAAUCUCAAGGUCAUCGCUACGACAAUGCUUUACCUUGUACGACGAGUUUCCGUAUCCAGAGGAAGAGCUAUGAUGAGUAUGCCAGGAGAGAUUGCGAAGUACCUAUACUCAGAUGAGGAAAUGAGACCAAUUUACAGCAGGAUUGCUAAGUCUUUCAAUUAUGCAGAGGGCCUUUUGAGGGAAUGGGGCCAGGAGUACAUCAAAAGACUCAGGAAUGCACCCACACUCAAGAACUGAGAAAAAUUAGUGAAUAAUUUUUUUAAUAUCACAAAUUUCGCUGUGCCACUUCAAGAGAGAUAAUGCAAUAACUCUAAG